AUGGUGGCUGAAACUUGGGCUUCUCUAGGAUCCUGGAUUAUUCUUUAAUGGGGGUGUCACUCAGGACACUUACUGGCUUUCUCUACUGCUCUUUAACAAAUGUAAUUGAGCAUGAUGAGGUGCAUCCCCUUGAUUGAAUGCUUUUCCUCCUGUGUGAUCACCAUUAGCUGUUUGGCUCCCACUCUGUGUUCUCUUGAAGCAGCCCUGCAUUGCAAAUCAAUACUUAUCUGAGAGACAGUGUGCUGUGACCGCCUGGACAGCGUAUGCACGGCUGCUUGGCUGCAUUGCUGCUGCAGAGCCGGUUACUCUGCCUUCCUGGGAACUCCACAGGCAAGUCCAUCGUGUUUGCAGGAAAAACAUCAGAUUUUUUGGGGGAAAAUUUUUGAACUGUUAAAGCUAUUGAUACUGAAUGUGAGCAUGUGCUUUGUGUUCUUCUGAACCAUUUUGGGUCUUAUUCCACUGAGAUUAGCUUCUCUUAGGUGAUGUCUGGGUUUUUGUCUUUUCCUUUGCUUGUGCUUCCCCCUCUCUUGGUUGUAGUACGGCCGUACCAUUUCAGCUUGCUAGUGCAGAAAGAUGUGAAUUCAGUUGCUGUAAGAGCCUGGCCUGGUAUAAACACAUUGCUAGAGACAUGUUAAAGAGUUCCAGGUGAAUCGAGCCUGAGGGAGACAACAGCAAAACGAUAUGUGUCACAAAAAUGUCUACACGGAACUGCCAGGGAAUGGACUCGGUGAUCAAACCCCUGGACACAAUUCCUGAGGAUAAAAAAGUCAGAGUUCAGAGGACACAGAGUACUUUUGACCCCUUUGAGAAACCAACUAAUCAAGUAAAGAGAGUGCAUUCAGAGAACAAUGCUUGCAUUAACUUUAAGACCUCUUCUGCUGGCAAAGAGUCACCUAAAGUCAGGCGACACUCCAGUCCCAGCUCGCCAACAAGUCCCAAAUUUGGAAAGGCUGACUCAUACGAAAAACUGGAAAAACUAGGGGAAGGAUCUUAUGCUACGGUGUACAAAGGAAAAAGCAAGGUAAACGGGAAGUUGGUAGCCCUGAAGGUGAUCAGGCUGCAGGAAGAAGAAGGAACACCGUUCACAGCUAUCAGGGAAGCUUCUCUGUUAAAAGGACUAAAACAUGCUAACAUAGUGUUACUUCAUGACAUCAUUCAUACCAAGGAGACACUGACACUUGUGUUUGAAUAUGUGCACACUGAUUUAUGUCAGUACAUGGACAAGCACCCUGGGGGGCUGCAUCCAGAUAAUGUGAAGUUGUUUUUAUUUCAGUUGCUGCGAGGGCUGUCUUACAUCCACCAGCGUUAUAUUUUGCACAGAGACCUGAAACCACAGAACCUUCUGAUCAGUGACACGGGGGAGUUAAAGCUGGCAGAUUUCGGUCUUGCAAGAGCGAAAUCCGUUCCUAGCCACACUUACUCCAAUGAAGUGGUUACCUUGUGGUACAGACCUCCAGAUGUCCUCCUAGGCUCGACAGAGUAUUCCACCUGCCUUGACAUGUGGGGAGUUGGUUGCAUCUUUGUUGAAAUGAUCCAAGGAGUUGCUGCUUUUCCAGGAAUGAAAGACAUCCAGGAUCAACUUGAACGAAUAUUUCUGGUUCUCGGAACGCCAAAUGAGGACACAUGGCCUGGAGUCCACUCUUUACCACACUUCAAGCCAGAACGCUUUACCCUGUACAGCUCUAAAAACCUUAGACAAGCAUGGAAUAAGCUCAGCUAUGUGAAUCACGCAGAGGAUCUGGCCUCCAAGCUCCUACAAUGUUCCCCAAAGAACAGACUAUCGGCACAGGCUGCCUUGAGCCAUGAGUAUUUUAGUGACCUGCCCCCACGGCUAUGGGAACUGACAGAUAUGUCUUCUAUUUUUACCAUCCCAAAUGUGAGAUUACAACCAGAAGCUGGGGACAGCAUGAGGGCCUUUGGGAAAAACAAUAGUUAUGGCAAAAGUCUAUCAAAUAGCAAGCACUGAAGAGCACAACAUUCUCAAGAGAGCACAGGAUUAAGUUGUCAUCAUUCUUGAAGUAAAAAAAAAAAAGACAUUAAUGAAGUGGCCAAUAAUAUGAAGGGAAUCAUGGAUCAGUUUUCUCUCGCUCCCUGUGGUGGAUUUCACUUAUAAGAAAAUUGAAGCUGGCAAGACCUUGUUCUCUCUGCAAUUUAUUUAAAAACUUGCACGCAUUUGGAUACCUUGUGAUUUCCAAGAACUAUGUGAAGAUUAAGCUUUGCUUACUGAUACAUGGCAUGUAUUCUUUUCAGUCUUUUGUGUUUGAUUUUGUUUGAUUUCCCUCUGCAGCGCAGCGUCUCUGUAAAGGUUUUUAUGCUUUCACCAGCCAUGUCUUAAAUACAUGAAGACAACACAUUUGGUGUUCACACUUCUUCAGUAAUGUCUCUACUUGAAAGCCACAUAGUGGCAUAAAACAAUGUGUGUUUUCUUUGAGAGCAGUGCACAUUUUGCAACCACCAGGAAGGAAUUUUUUUGCUAAAGCAAACCCCUGUUCUCUGACUCGACAACUUGGUCUCUGACUAUGGGGCCCUACCUGUUGCUUAUCUUUUGAGGACAUUUGCAAAUUGGAAUUUUUUUCUGGGAAAUAACUGCAUAUUUAUAUAGAAUAUUGAAAUCUGCUUAGCAUUUUCGAGCCACAUAGCAUGACUGUUUUUUUUAAUAGAUUGGAAGUAAAGAAACAAAUAUCAAACAUUAAGAACAAAGACAGGAAUAAAUUGCUUACUUUUCAACCUCUA